AUGUCAAAACUAAAGGGUCGCUGCUGUUGGCUUGUCGCUGAUGCUCUAUUCGUCGUCGCUAAAGUUGCGUCGCCGCUAAUGCUCUCCGUCGCCACUAAAGGCGUUGCUGAUAUUAAUAUGUAUUUCUCGAAGGGAUUUGGAGUGAAGGAGUAUCUUCCAGCAUAUCUAGACCCUCUCAUACAACAUGAGGAUCUUUUAACUGGUGUAAGUUUUGCUUCUGGUGGUGCUGGUUAUGAUCCCUUAACCUCCAAAUUAUCGAAUGUUAUGUCGCUAUCAUCUCAAUUGGAAAUGUUCAAACAAUAUAUUGAGAAGCUCAAGGGGAACAUAGGGCAAGAAGCUGCAAUGAAUACAAUUACCAAUAGUGUAUUCUUGGUGUCAGCAGGAACCAAUGAUUUUCUUGUAAACUAUUUUACAUUUCCCAUGAGAAGAUUACAAUAUGAUGUCCCUGCUUAUGGUAAUAAGUUGGUGAAGCUAGCGAGCAAUUUUUUACAGGAAAUACAUAAAUUGGGAGCAAGAAAGAUAGUUGUCUUUAGCACAUCUGCAAUUGGCUGUAUACCAAUUGAAAGAACCCUAGCUGGGGGAGCACAAAGAAUAUGUGCGGAGAAGUACAAUAAAGCUGCACAAUUUUUCAACAGCAUGCUAAAACUACAGCUCCAAGUUCUUGCAAGCAAUCUUCCUCAAACCAGGAUUGCCUUCUCAGAUUUCUACAAACCUCUGAUGAACAUCAUUGAUAACCCUCAACAAUAUGGCUUGGAGGUUACAAAUAGAGGUUGUUGUGGAACAGGAGAGCUAGAGAUGUGUUACUUGUGCAACAAGCGCAUGACCCGAACCCGAACGUGCCACAACGACUCUAAUUUCUUCUUUUGGGAUAGCCUCCACCCAACAGAAAAAGGAUGUGACAUCUUCGUAAAUCUUGUUUUACCUGAUAUGAUGAAAAAGUUGUUUUAA